CCUGACUUGCCUGGUUCCGGUGACUCCACGGCCCGGCCAACUACGGAUUUGCUGGGUGUUGUGCGCCGCGGGGAGUGGAGCUCCAGAGAUGGCUGCCCAGUGCGUGACGAAGGUGGAGCUGAAUGUCUCCUGCGACAACCUUCUGGACAAAGACAUCGGAUCGAAGUCGGACCCUCUGUGCGUGUUGUUUCUGAACACAAGUGGCCAGCAGUGGUAUGAGGUGGAGCGCACAGAGAGGAUUAAGAACUGCCUGAACCCCAGAUUUUCCAAGACGUUUGUCAUUGAUUACUACUUCGAAGUGGUUCAGAAGCUGAAGUUUGGGGUUUAUGACAUCGACAACACAACCAUCGAGCUGAGUGACGAUGACUUCCUGGGGGAGCACGAAUGCACCCUCGGACAGAUUGUUUCCAGUAAGAAGCUGACCCGACCACUGGUGCUCAGGAACGGCCAGCCCGCAGGGAAGGGCAGCAUCACGAUCUCGGCUGAAGAGGUGAAGGAUAACAGGGUGGUCUUGUUUGAAAUGGAAGCCAGGAAACUGGACAACAAGGAUCUAUUUGGAAAGUCAGACCCGUACCUGGAAUUCCACAAGCAGACCUCUGAUGGAAACUGGCUCAUGGUUCAUCGAACAGAGGUCAUCAAAAACAACCUGAACCCUGUCUGGAGGCCUUUCAAAAUCUCUCUCAACUCCCUGUGCUACGGAGACAUGGACAAGACGAUCAAGGUGGAGUGCUAUGACUAUGACAACGAUGGGUCGCACGAUCUCAUCGGGAUGUUCCAGACCACCAUGACAAAACUGAAGGAGGCCUCCAGGAGCUCGCCUGUGGAAUUUGAGUGCGUGAAUGAGAAGAAGAGGCAGAAGAAGAAGAGCUACAAGAACUCAGGCGUCGUCAGCGUGAAGCAGUGCGAGAUUAUGGUGGAAUGUACCUUCCUGGACUAUAUCAUGGGCGGCUGUCAGCUGAACUUCACCGUGGGGGUGGACUUCACCGGCUCCAACGGGGACCCACGGUCCCCUGACUCCCUUCAUCACAUCAGCCCCAACGGUGUGAACGAGUACCUGACCGCCAUCUGGUCCGUAGGGCAGGUCAUUCAAGACUACGAUGCUGAUAAAAUGUUCCCAGCAUUUGGGUUUGGAGCUCAGAUACCUCCUCAGUGGCAGGUUUCGCAUGAAUUUCCCAUGAACUUCAAUCCGUCCAACCCCUACUGCAGUGGGAUCCAGGGCAUCGUGGAGGCAUACCGGGCCUGCCUGCCGCAGAUAAAACUCUACGGACCGACGAAUUUCUCCCCGAUCAUCAACCACGUGGCCAGGUUUGCUGCUGCAGCCACACAGCAGCAGACGGCUUCUCAGUACUUUGUGCUCCUGAUCAUCACUGACGGCGUGAUCACAGACCUGGACGAGACCAGGCAGGCGAUCGUCAACGCCGCCAAGCUGCCCAUGUCCAUCAUCAUCGUGGGAGUGGGAGGUGCCGACUUCAGCGCCAUGGAGUUUCUGGACGGCGAUGGCGGGGCCCUGCGCUCCCCAUCAGGCGAGGCAGCUGUCAGGGACAUCGUGCAGUUCGUGCCUUUCAGACAGUUCCAGAAUGCCCCCAAGGAGGCGCUGGCUCAGUGUGUCCUGGCUGAGAUCCCCCAGCAGCUGGUGGGCUACUUCAACACUUACAAGCUCCUUCCUCCCAAGAACCUGGCCACCGCCCAGUGAGGGCACCCUGCCGCAGCGGGGGCCACGGGCCGCCGUGCCACCCAUUCACCCCAGCAUUCCUGGUGCAGCCCUAGUGCUCUACAGACCCUUCUACUUCAAGCAUUCUUCUUACACUUUCCGCGGGGAAAGCCCUAAGUGAAUCUUUGCUCAAUCAGUUCAAUGGUCGCCUGGUAUCCCCAGUGGUUGCAGUGAGGCUGUCUAGGCUAGACACUCACGAGGGAAGUGGGUUUCGUCGUGACUGUUUACUUCAUAGGAUGGAAAUGCCAUUUCAAAUGUUUGUCAAAAGAAAGAAUGAAACCUGUUGGGAUGGUGUGAUUUCAGGUUGCUGUGCUUUGUAUAAUAAGCCCAAGUCCGUCUCGGUAACAGGGCUGCUCGAAGGAGACAUUGGGUUUGUUCCUGUAAUGGUUCAUGCGUCCCAGGGGUUAACAGUCCUGAGAGUGCUGAACAAGGCACACACCGGUCCUCACGCCGUCAGACCGGAGCCUCGCAGGAGCAGCCGUCCCUGCGUGCCGCCCAGACCCCUCCGUGCACGUGGGGCGCUGUCUGUGAGCCCGGGUCUGCGUGCGCAGGCCAUAGCCUCGCCUGGGUCUCCAUCAUCAGAGCGUUUCACUGGAGAUUGUCGAGGUGACUGAGACCGCUUUGCCCAGGAAAGUGGGGACCACACCGGCAUUCCACGUCGUUCACCAGCGCGCCGCUUGCUGGCUGCUCACCGUCUGCUCACCGUCUGCUCACCGUCUGCUCACCGUCUGCUCACCGUCUGCACACCGUCUGCUCACCGUCUGCACACCGUCUGCUCACCGUCUGCUGGGCUUGCUGCUUAUGCAUACUCAUUUAGGCGUUUUCUCCUUUUUUUAGUAACAUUUUCAGUUUGAUUUAUCUAUGAAUCAAAAUCACAUUUUCCAUUUUACAAAUGUGCUAUUUCCUAAGCCCAGAAUGUACUGUAUUAGCAUAAAACCUGUUCUAACCUAAAAAAAAAAUCCAACUUCUCCCUUAAGACAGUGGACUUUACAUGCUUUUUUGAGUAGAAUUUUUCCCAAUUUUACCCUUUAGAACAUAUUACUUAGCAAAACUGUACCAUAGAGUGGAUUCAGCAGUGUCGUAUCGAGGACCUGUGUGCCAAGACCACGCAUAUCCACGCAUUGGUCAGUCAUUCUUAAGAAUCAGUGUUAAGACCGCAUGUGGAUCACGAGUCCUCAGUGGCAGGCCGCUCAGUCCUGAAACCCAGCUCGUGUCCCAUUCUCUGGCGUGUCGGAAGGAACAUAUUCUCCCAACAUUUGGAGCCCUUGUCUCGUGUUUAAUUUCAGUUCUCUGUGUGCUUGGAAGCAGCACGUAGAUGUUGCUGUGGUUGUCAGAGUUUUCUUUUUUAAACACACUCCUGGGCUUCCCUUUCAAUCCCUGACCCUAGCCAGCUCCUGCAGCACCGGCAUCGCCUGCAGGGGGCGCUGGGACCGCUGGCCAUGAGCAGUAGCACUCACUGCCCGGAUCACAGUACUCCUGACACCACUAUCCAGCUGAUCUUGUCUUCACAAUUUUAUAUUCUGGUUUUAACCAGAUUUUUUUCCUUUUUAAAGUUAUUUUUUUAUUAUUAAUUUUGGACCAGUUUUCUCAGUAGAUACUGUUUCUCAUAAGAACUACAAUUCCAGCAAAUUAGGGUAAUGGAUACCUUUUUAGUUUUGAAUAAAAGCAGUUAUAAUUUCUAAAUUACUUGGCAAAGUCCUUAAAAUUCCUACAUUUCACCUCGUUGCAUGUGAUUUAAUAGUGCUUUAUAUUAAAAUGGUCCCUUUGUUCAU